CCCCCGAACGUAACUACGUCACAGUUUACGUUCGAGGCAGAUUGACGUCAUGUUGUAACGUAACCGAAACACUCCAAACAGCUAGCAGGGCUGCUAGCUACUUCUGCGUUUCUUCCUGCUCUCCGGACUAUUAAUUUGUUUUUUUUACAGCAUGAACGGAGCCGAGGUGACAGAAGGCCGCGGGACGAGACCAGCCGCGCCGGACAAAGUGGACAUGUCGCUGGAUGAUAUCAUUCGCCUGAACAAAAAAGAGCAACAGCUGAAACGGAAACAGGCCAACGUGAACCGCAGACCGGUGAAGAAGAAAGGGAAGGUGUUCUCACAGAGGACUGCAGGAGCUGCUCAGAGAGGAGUCAGCGUCCCUCGAGGAGGAGCACCUAAAUUAAGAAACAGAAGAGUCCCUCCGCUGCCGGGUCGACGGAGGGGCCAGGGGGUCAUCACCGGCCUGGCAGCCCGACGGCCAGCUGCCCUGCUGAAACGAGCCGGAUCCCUCAACAGAGCAGCACUUAACCAGAAAGCACGACAGAGAGCCAGGCCGUUCGUUCAGCGUCCCGACGUCCCGUACAGGAAGCCGGAGGUGCAGCGGCGGCUGUUCAGGCAGCCCGAACCUCAGAGAGCCCCGAAUGCAGCGGCGGUCCGGAGACCCUUCCAGCUGCGCCGGCGGCCGCUCCCGCCCGUCCAGCAGACUCAGAGGGAAGCCCGGCAAGCCACGUUCCUGUUCCGCAGAGGACUCAAGGUACAAGCCCAGGUGCAGAGGCCGACUCCCCGAACGCCUCCGGUGAAAACCCGGCAGUGGCGCUCACCGACAGCGAGCAGCGGGAUCCUCACGGUUUCCAUCGACAACCCCACAGCCAGGACUCAGCCAGAACCCCCCUCCGCCUGGACCCUGCACCCCCCCGCCGCCAGCGCCGCGCCCGUCAAGGUGGAGACGGCGGAGAAGAAGAUACCGAAAGGCGUUCCUCUGCAGUUUGACAUCAACAGUGUUGGGAAACCGCAAACGUCGAUCACCCUGAACGAGCGGUUCCGCAUCCUGAAGGACCGCCGCGCCGCCACGGCGCAGAGCACCAAGGGCAGCAGGUUCGUCACCGUGGGCUAGAGAGAGAGAGAGAGACCAGCGGGUGGGGCUCGCCCUCUGUCCUGCUGCCACCUGGACGGUGCCCCCCCUACCCCCUACCCUACCCCCCACACUGACUUUAGCAGCACAGGACUCAACCGUGAGAGGCCCAAGUGUUGAAGACAAACAUUAAAAGAGUUUCUAUCAUUGGUAUCAUGGGACUGGGUGGUUUGUCUCGUGGACGUCCUGCUCGGGGAAACGGAGCGUCCAGAGGAAUCAGUGUUAAAUUAAGUUUGUUUUUCAUCAGCUGGGAAGACAGCCGUGAUUUUUUUGUAAAAAUUUUCUGAAAUAAAGAGGUUGUGACGACAUUUGUGUUGCGAGCUGAAAUCAUCCGGUGCCUGUUUGACUUUUGAUUUGACACAGGAACAAAUAAAUGUCUUCAAACGUGUUUCCGAUACGUUUUAAACAAAAGAAACUACUGCGUCUCGUGGAAUCUGAAUAUUGCUUUUAUUUAAAUACAUUAAAAUUUGCAAUGUAACAAAACUAUUGGCAUAUGAAAUUCAAACACCAUUUAAAUGAACAAAACAUGGCUCACUUCAUUUUUCUGUGGCUAGCGUCGGUAACACUAGGCUGUUUCUCUUGACUUGCCGCUCUGCGUCGUUUCCCCGGCCCCCAUUUACACUGUUCACAGACUAUCUUACAAUAAGAGUGCUGAAUAAAAAUGAGGUAAGAAAGUGGUUUGAAGAUUACAGAUCAUGCAGAACAUGCCGAACAGCAAAAAAAAAAAAAAAAAAAAAGUGAAGGAGGAAGUAACAAAAAA